AUGAUUGCGUGGAGGGCACAGUACACACGAGGCGAUCAUGGCUAUCCAACAAUUGUGCUUGAGACAGUCGCAUCUGUCGAUUUGUGGAUAUGGCAUGCAUUUUUUGGAGUUGUUGGAUCUCGCAAUGACAUCAAUGUACUUAAUGAAUCACCUAUUUUUAAUGAAGUCUUGAAAGGAAAUGCACCGGAAGUUAAUUUUAUUGUGAACGGUACACAAUAUACAAAAGGGCUAACAGAUGGUAUAUAUCCAGAAUGUGCCACUUUCGUCAAGAGUUUUUCCUGCCCUAAGGAUCUGAAAAGAAUGAAAUUUAAGGAAAGACAAGAGGCUGCAAAAAAAGAUGUCGAGCGGGCAUUUGGGGUAUUCCAAGCUCGUUGGGCAAUUAUAAGAGGUCCAGGGCGACAUUGGUUUAUGGACAAAUGCAAAGAAAUCAUGUAUACGUGCAUUAUUUUACACAACAUGAUUGUGGAGGACGAAGGUCAUGCAAUAUCGAUUUGGGAUCGCGAAGAACAAGAUACAAUCACAGCGAAUCAUGGCUCAACCAGUGAAUUUGCUGAAGACAUUCGAAGAAAUUCUGAUUUACGUGAUACUCAGCGUGCUAUAUUUGUGGGACAUUGCCACAACCACAACCAUGACUCUACCAUCACUACCUUCUUCUCUGGCCACCACGACAUCACAUUUAUUGCUAUCCCCAUUGAUAGUUUUGUUAUCGCUGCUCUUCCUGCCACAAGUGACAUUGACUCCGUUCUAUCAUCACGAUUCGAGCGCAACCAUCAUCGCCGGAACACCAAUACCGACGAUUAG